GAAAACAAGCGAUAAGAGGCAGGCAGCACACAGUAAGCCAAGGCACACACUCUCGAUGUGAUUAGGCUCGAAUUCAUUUAGGAUUUGGCAAUCAUUCUUCGAGUUUAAAGAUAGAUAAGAGGUGCACAAAAGAGUGCAGCUUCACUUCAAACAGUUGUCUGUCUUCUUCCACAACAUGAUGAGUGAGAAUUCAAUCAAUGAGGCCAUCCAGAAGGCUGCGCAAAAGAUCGUGGAGGCCAAGGCCAUCGUGAUCACCGCUGGGGCUGGAAUGGGCGUGGACUCCGGGCUUCACAUCUACCGGACCCAGAAUGACUUUCUGGAUUCGCACCCCGUGGCACGGGAACUAAAUCUGUCUCUGCCCGACCUUAGUAAUGUGAACCUGUUUCAAACCAACCCUCAUUUGGCGUGGGGUUUCUAUGGACAACGGUGGCAAAUGUAUCGAAAGGCCCUACCACACGCCGGCUACCAAAUUGCUCUUGAAUUUUGUAUCAGCAAACGCAAGCGCAAAGGCAAGGGCGACCAAUAUUUCGUCUUCACUAGCAAUGUGGAUGGGCAUUUCCUGUCUGCCGGGUUUAAUCCCAGCCGUGUUGUGGAAGCUCAUGGAACCAUUGCUUGCAUGCAAUGUCUGGACAUCUCAAAGAGCAAAGAGGUGUGGGCGGUUCCCAGUAAAACCAAGAUCAAGGUGAAUAAGCAGACAAUGUUGGCUCAGGAUCCCUUACCCAUGGGUCCUCCUGGAAGUGAACAUCCAACCUUAGCUCGACCCGCCCUGAGGUUCUACAAUGACAAGGAUUGGAUAGAUGAUCCCUUCAAGAAGAAAGAGGAGGAAAUGGAGGCAUUCGUGAGCAAAAUCAAAUCUAAAAUGCAGCCCUUCGUGGUCCUUGAAAUCGGAGCCGGUGAUCGCGACCCAAGGAUCAGAGUGAGGUCCUUGGGGGAGUCCUUGGCCAAGGAAAACGACUUGUGUACAUUGAUUCGAAUUAAUACCAACAGUGAAGACGUUGCCGUUCCCAAUCCCGAGAAGAACAUAGCCAUUCAAUUACCUGCUUUGUUGGCUUUAGUAAGACUAGAAGCCAAACUCAAGACUUCUAGUUUACUGAACGCAAAUUAGAUGAUUGGAGCCCAUUCUCGGCGGUCAAGUUUCUGGUGCUAAUAUACCUUAAAUCAGUCCAUGGCACUCAAUUAAGCUCUUAAUGUAGUAUAUGUUUGUAAUAAAUGUAUGACAGUAA